CGGUCCGGCAGGCUUCGCUUCUUUUCACAUUGCCCAGGCUCACAGGCACACACUCCUUUUUCAACAGCCUACAAACCCGGUGGAAGUACAAGCAUCGACCAGCGUCCUCGAGGCUCCAGACCCGACACGGAACCGAACGCACAAUUCCAUCAGCCCCUCGUCGAGCACCAACACCCAAAAUGCAGUUCACGGCCACCAUCCUAUCAUCCGUCGCGGCCCUGGCCGGCACCGCCGCCGCCCAGGCCCAGGCCCCGCACGCGGUUUUCGACCUCCGCUUCCCCAUCCCCACGGCGCCGCCGAGGCCGCUCGCCGUGCGCGGCAGCCGCACCCACACGCCCCCUGCGUCCAUCUCGGAGUGUUACAAGUCCUUGGAGGAUGUCUACCUCACCAUGCCCACGCCUGGGCCGGCGCUCGUACAGUGGGCCGGCGAUAACCUGUUCAAAGCCACGGACGGCGGGCUCUGCUCCGCCACCAUGCCCGAGUCGCUGAGCGCCGACUACAAGUCGUACGUGCCCAGGAUCGCGUCGUGGUACGCGGGCGCGUCGAGCACGGCCGAGGCCGUCAUGGCCCAGUGCACCGAGCUGGCCGAGCGGAUGUCGGCAGAGGGGGGUGCCGGGGGCAUGCCUGUCGUCUCGUGCACCGCCAACCCUACCAUCUUCUGGGUCAACGAGCAGGGCAAGACCCGCGCCGAGGAGCAGACGGUGCCGCCCGAGCUGCGCGGCGGCAAGGCUCCGGCCGCCACCGCCGGCCAGACGCCUGCUUCCUCCGCGGCAGGCUCGGCCUCGGCUGCCGCGACCGGGUCGAGUUCUGGUGCUGCGCCGGCCAAGGCAUCUGGUACCUCGCCCGCGGCGGCAUCUGGUACUUCGCCCGUGGCGGCGAGCGGCGGCUCGGCCUUGAGGUCUGUCGGACUGGGCAUGUUUGCCGGCGCUGUUGCAUUUGCUGCAGUGUUGAUCUGAGAGUUUUGGAGAGACCCUUGGAGUUCUCCAUCCAGAUAUGACGUGAGAAAGGCUUGGUUUGUGUAUAAGCUCUGGCCAAGGGCGAUCUGGGACCCAUAAGGGCAAAGCAUCUGUCACAUGAUAGCAUGGGUUCAGGAAAUCGCCAAGAGAAAUGCUCUCUCCAGGCUGCCUCGCUGUAAUUUACUUCGACCUGGGAGUAAUAAUCAUAAUGUUUUGCCCCCUCAUUUCUCGUAUGCCUUGAAC